AUGACGGCCCCUCGGACGGACAAUGGCAUGGAAAACACCGAACAGACUCAAUCAUUCUCUCCACACGCCUCCGUUACCUCCAGUCAGCUGGCUUCACCAUUCAGUCCCCAGUUCAAGGCUCCCUGCUCCACCCUGCCUCCGCUUCUGCUCCGUCCUGCCUCCGUUCCUGCUUCCAACCAUCCCCUCUUCAACUCGCCUGUUCCCCGGACCCCCAGUGCCUCCUCCUCGGUUCCCUCGGCCCCGGUUUCCCCGCGCUCCCCGAGCUCCCUCGUCAUUUCUCCCCAGAGGCAGACAGUAACUUUCCGCUCUGAUGAGGCCAAGGUGUGCUUCGUCGCCAGGGCGCUCACGUGGUUCACCUCGAUUCCACACAUUCCCCUCGACACGCCCCUUCACGCCACCGGUCUCGAUGGCCAGCCCCUGCCUACUAUAACUCACCGCACCCCCCCGCUCCGUCUCCUCACCUCUGGCAACCAUUAUGAAUCCAUUUCCUUCCACCUCAUCCCCUCUCCGGCUAACACCGUUGUUCUUGGUCUUCCCUGGCUCACAACCCCAACGUGGACUGGGCGCAGGGGAAGAUCAGGAAUUGGAGCAAUCACUGUCUGUCAUGUGUCCUGCCUAUUGUCAGUACCUGCCCCCGGUAAGCCCACCCAAUCCGUCAUUCCUCCGGCUUCCCCAGAUCUAACCCUAGUUCCCCCCGAGUACCAUGACCUAGCCCUGGUGUUUAGUAAGGAUCAGGCCUUGUCCUUACCCCCCCCACCGCCCCUACGACUGCUCAACCCUCCCUCCUCCCGGACGCACCGCUCCUGUCCAGCCGUCUAUUCAACCUGUCGCGUCCGGAGAGAGGUACAUCAAGGACCUAGCUGCCGGUGUUAUUCGUCCCUCCUCGUCCCCUCUAGGCGCAGGUUUCUUUUUUGUGGCAAAAAAAAGAUAAGUCCGUGCAUUGAUUACCGGGGGCUCAACGCCAUAACCGUCAAGAAUAAGUACCCGCUUCCCCUAAUGGAUUCCGUGUUCGAGUCCCUCUCCCGGUCCGCCAUAUUCACUAAGCUAGACCUUAGAAACGCCUACCAUCUUGUGCGGAUCCGGGAGGGGGACAAAUGGAAAACCGCUUUUAACACUCCAUUAGGCCACUACGAAUAUCUGGUGAUGCCUUUUGGCCUCACUAACGCUCCUGCGUUUUUUCAAGCCCUCGUUAACGAUGUCCUCUGAGACUUUUUGCUUCGGUUUGUUUUCGUCUACCUCGA